AUGUGGUCCCCGCGACUUCUUGCUUUGACGCUCUUGUGCAGCUCUGCUGCUGCACAGACCCCGGAUGGGUUCAGCCCGGCCGCCAGUGCGCAGCUUCGUGUCGUCUAUGGCUCCAAGGCUGUAGACCCACCGGGGACAGCUUUCACAAAGGCCGAGACUGCUUCCAUGCCCGUGUUCGGUGUCAAUGACAACCUGACUGGGACGUAUCUGUUUGUUAUGAUUGGUGAGUCUGCUGAAGACGUUGGCUGGCCAGCGCGUUCUUGUCAAGAUCUCGAUGUACAACGCGCCGGCGGAAACAAGCAGAACCUGCUCCACGCCAUGAUCCGGGACGUCAAGCCCUCGGGCAGGACGGGCGGCGACGGCUUCCAGGUGCUCAGCUCGACGGCCACGGGGCCCACCACGUACUUGGGCCCGUCGCCGCCGGCCGGCCAGCCCGCCCACCGCUACACGUUCCUGCUGUACGAGCAGCCCGCCAACUUUGCCGUGCCCGCCGGCCAGCGCCAGGUGCUCAACUCGCGCGUCGGCUUCGACAUGAACACCUUUGCCCAGCAGGCCGGGCUCGCCAUGCCCCUGUACGGUAACUUUCUGAACGUGACGGGCUAA